GGCACUGUCUGUAAAUGCAAUGAGUGAAGAUACCAAUUAACGCAUGCGCAUUAGGUAUCUGGGGAAAUUGAGAAACGUGAAUUUUGUCUGUGGUGUUGAUGACCGCAUGUAAACAUGGCUUCUGGCGACGUUGAAGACUUUAUUGAACAAAAUAGGCAGUUGGCUGACCAGGUAGAAACAUACCGCACGAUAUCAGAGAGCGAGAAGCACUGGAAGUCGAGGAGGGAAUUUAUCUUGCGGAACAUAAACGACUUUGAAGAUCCUCAUCUAGACCAUCUCCUCGCCUUGUCCAUGGUGUGGGCAAACAAUGUUUUCCUUGGCUGCAGGUACAGUCCCGAUCUCCUCGAGAGAGUCCAAGGAAUGGCAGAGGGGGUUGUUGUGGAGGACGCUCCUGUAUUUAAGACAAGGGACGAGAUAGUCAAGCAGCAGAAGCAGCGGAACUGAGCUGUCAUCAACAUUGAGAGCACAAAGAAAAAGUUCCUAGUGUGGAAAAAAGUACUGGUCAUUUUGGAUUGAUAUUGUUUUAAGUUUUUUUUUCUUCUUCUUCUUUUACCCAAGUUUUACAACUGUACUGUUUAAAAUGUUUUUGUACACUUUUUAAUACAAAUAUACUCUAACUUGGUUUUGGGAAUCCCAAAACAAGUCUUGCUCAAUAGAUGUAUACCGCAUGGACUUAAAAUGUUCAUCACCACCACCAUACACACAAUAAUAAAUGCAUUCAUUCAA